CUUUUCCUAUUAUAUUAAUGAACGACGUCAAGUCCUAUAUCUGUACUGAUACUGAAAUAAUGGAGGUGUAGUUGAAUGCCAGUCAAGGGGAUAGCAUUAAAUAUACUAUCCCCCGUCUGGCCCUGUUCGAGUCAGCUUCCAACCCCUGAACCUAUCCCAGCCCAGAGAACUCUAAAGUAAGAGGGCGACCUCUAUGCGGCAGAGUUUCCUCGGAGUUUCCUUGUUACCCAAUCUGAAGUUCAAUUUACCAUCAGCUUAGGUUGUAUCCUACUUGAUUAAGAAUUCGUCAUACAUUCACGGGGACAUGGUUAGCACCUUGUAAAAAGAGACGAUUUACUUGGUUCCCAAGAUUCAACAUGACAUGAUCGUGUCAUCUACCGAUGUACUCUACGAGAUAAUGAAGUCACUAUUAACAACAGCGUCCACGCUUUCGUCUGGGUUGGAUCUUACAUUCAAAUAUCCUGCCACACAUGUCCGCAUUCUUUAAUUCACCUAUUCUACCACUAUCCAGAACUACGCAGCGAAUAUUAACACCAAAAUGUCUGUGGGAAAUCAAGCACUUAACAUCAAUAGUGUCGUUGGCGAGCAUGCCAAUUUAGAAAUCACCCAUCGCGGCUCGGAUUGGUACUAUGCAGUAUGUGCCUUGAUGGGUUUCUGCACUCUCGUCUUCGCGGGCCUAUCUUUCAGGAAGCCUCAUGGUGAUCGUGUAUUUCACAACAUCGCCGCGAGUAUAACGGCCGUCGCAUGUAUCGCUUAUUACGCGAUGGGGUCGAAUCUCGGCCAAGUUCCCAUUCAGGCUGAAUUUGUCCGACCCGGCAGUCACUUGGUGGGAGCGGCAGGAACCCGAGAAAUAUUCUACGCCCGCUACAUAGAUUGGGUUAUAACGACGCCUUUGCUCCUUCUCAGCCUUCUCCUAACUGCCGGAGUACCAACUUCAACUAUCUUAGUCACUCUUCUGGCCGAUGAGAUUAUGAUUGUCGCUGGCCUAAUCGGUGCCCUAACUCGGACUCGGUUCAAGUGGGGAUUUUGGGUCUUCGGCACGGCGGCUCUAUUAUUCGUUGCUUAUAAACUACUAUUCAAUGCUCGACGGCACGCUUCGAUUCUGGGUGGAGACGCGAAGAAAACAUUUAUGCUAUGCGGCAACUAUCUUAUAUUCCUUUGGUUCUUGUAUCCUAUUGCAUGGGGUCUGAGCGAGGGUGGCAACGUCAUUCACCCUGAUGGGGAGGCCGUAUUCUAUGGUGUUUUGGAUAUCCUAACCAAACCCCUCUUCGCCCUCCUCCUUCUCUGGGGUCACCGCAAUAUUAGCUGUGAACAGCUGGGUCUACGCUCCCAUAAUCGCGGCCAUAUUACUGGCGAUAAGUACAAUCACGGUGGCAAUGUCCACCCCGAAGGCCCUGGUGCGAAUGUCGGUGGUCCCACUACUGCUCCUGCCCCUGGCGGUCAUCCCGCUCCCGGUCAUACCGGCGUAUGAGCCAUGAUUUUUGUCAUUACGAAGAACGGCCAGCCGUCGUCGACCGAGAAUCUACCCCUAUUUUACCUAAUAUAGUUUAAUAUUCUAUCGCCGCUUGGGGCCGCUACUGAUUAGCUUCAACCCGCUGCCGCCAUUAUAUUCUUAACUUGGGGGGUUAGAUGUGGAUAUUCACAGCAUCUUGGCAUAUGGUUACGUGACUAGCAAAGUAAUCAUAGCUGUCAUGCGAUUCACUAAUAAGAUGGAAAUAAAUCCGGAACCAUCAUAUUUCAUAUACUUAAACCUAGGCGGUAAUAAGAGCAAACAUAUCACACCCGCGAAAUUGCUAGUAAGAUAUAAAUGCUAUAGUCUUCAG